CUCCACUGAUGUACCACGUCGUUUGCCCGUAUUUUUGCACUCGAAAGUUUUUUUGUUUUUUUUUAAUGACUCUCCGCCUCUGGAUAUUUUCUGGGUCAGAUGGAGUUUAGUGCAACAGGCAACCAUUUUUGGACGAUUCGAACUUUUACACCCCAUAUUUUACAUCACGACCUAUAGAGACAGAGGGAGGCGACGGUUGAAGCGCUGGUGUUCGGCAGCCAUCUUUGGAGCUGCUGGGACUGGGAAUCACACACUUCCAGGGUGGGGAUUUUUCUUUUUAAUAACAAAUCAUCGGGAUUUUAUCGACUGACAGUGGUAAGAACAACCGGAAUUCGGCGCCGGAAAGUACGGGACAGGGAAUGAAACGUGGAAAAAGACUUUAAUACUUCCACGGUGUGUGCGAAUUAAAUUAUACGGUUUUCACGGAGGAGCUGAAGUCUGGCCUGUCAACAGUAGAUGAACCACAAGUGGGAGCUCCCAAGUCGCUGUCGCAGUCCCAGAUAGUUGCUGGCGACGGCGACAUCGCCCCUAAUCCCACACUAUGCCAAACAGCAACAGGGCCGGGAACCUGAAGGACCCCGACAUUGCUGAACUGUUCUUCAAAGAGGACCCAGAAAAGUUCUUCACAGAUCUUCGAGAGAUUGGCCAUGGGAGCUUUGGUGCUGUGUACUAUGCACAAGAUGCGCGGACAGGUGAGGUGGUGGCCAUCAAGAAGAUGUCGUACAGUGGAAAGCAGUCCACUGAGAAGUGGCAAGACAUAAUCAAGGAGGUCAAAUUCCUGCAGAAGAUACAACAUCCUAACAGUAUAGAGUAUAAAGGAUGUUACUUAAGAGAGCACACAGCCUGGCUCGUGAUGGAGUACUGUCUGGGCUCUGCUUCAGAUUUGUUAGAAGUUCACAAGAAACCCCUGCAAGAAGUUGAAAUAGCUGCAAUUACCCAUGGUGCACUUCGAGGGUUAGCGUAUCUGCAUUCUCACAAUAUGAUUCAUAGAGACAUUAAAGCAGGAAACAUCUUGCUGACAGAACCAGGCCAGAUAAAACUUGCUGAUUUUGGUUCAGCCUCCAUUGCCUGUCCUGCCAACUCCUUUGUAGGGACUCCAUAUUGGAUGGCCCCAGAAGUGAUAUUAGCCAUGGAUGAAGGUCAGUAUGAUGGAAAAGUGGACAUUUGGUCUUUGGGAAUCACCUGCAUCGAAUUAGCUGAAAGAAAGCCACCACUUUUCAACAUGAAUGCAAUGAGUGCCUUAUAUCAUAUAGCACAGAAUGAGAGCCCUGUUCUACAGUCAAAUGAAUGGACAGAUUAUUUCCGGAACUUUGUAGAUUCUUGUCUUCAGAAAAUUCCUCAGGAUAGACCAAACUCAGAAGAGCUACUAAAGCAUGCCUUUGUCCAGCGUGAACGACCAGAAUCAGUUUUAAUAGACCUGAUAAGUCGGACUAAAGAUGCCGUGCGGGAGCUGGACAAUCUUCAGUAUCGCAAAAUGAAGAAGAUCUUGUUCCAAGAAACCCAUAAUGGCAUUGCAGCUGAGGCACAAGAGGAAGAAGAGGAGCCAGAACACAAUGUGGGUAGGACGGGUACAGUAAACAGUGUAGGAAGCAACCAGUCCAUUCCGAGCAUGUCAAUCAGUGCCAGUUCACAGAGCAGCUCCGUCAACAGUCUGACAGAUGCAGGCGACGAUAAGAGUGAGUUUGGCAUAGAGGGAGACCACACAGUCAUGUCCAGCACUUCGGUCAUACAUCUUAAACCAAAUGAAGAUGCUUAUAACCAAGAGGCAGAACCUCAUGCCAGACAAACUGAACCACAGUCACCACCUGCCCACACUUCACAGCCAAGACGGAACCGGGAACACUUUGCAACUAUUCGCACAGCCUCUGUGCUGACUCGACAAAUAAAGGAGCAUGAGCAGGAUUCAGAAUUAAGAGAACAAAUACUCGGCUACAAGCGCAUGCGACGGCAGCACCAGAAACACCUGAUGGCUCUGGAAAACAAGCUGAAGGCCGAGAUGGACGAGCACAGACUUCGUCUGGACAAGGAGUUGGAAAACCAAAGGAACAGCUUUGCCCAGGAAAUGGAUAAGCUGAUCAGAAAGCACCAGGCAUCAAUGGAGAAAGAUGCAAAAACCUUUAAUCAGGAUGAAAAGAAGUUCCAGCAGCAUAUCUUGAGUCAGCAGAAGAAGGAACUUCAUAGCUUUUUAGAAUCCCAGAAACGAGAGUACAAGCUACGGAAAGAACAACUGAAAGAGGAACUAAAUGAAAAUCAAUCAACACCCAAGAAAGAAAAACAGGAGUGGUUGUCUAAGCAGAAAGAAAACUUCCAGCACUUCCAGGCUGAGGAGGAGGCCAACCUUCAACGCCGACAAAGACAGUACUUGGAAUUGGAGUGCCGCAGGUUUAAGCGUAGGAUACUGAUCGCUCGCCACAAUGUGGAGCAGGACUUAGUGCGAGAGGAGCUAAACAGACGUCAGACACAAAGAGACUUGGAACAUGCCAUGCUCCUUCGGCACCAUGAGUCCAUGCAGGAGCUAGAGUGUCGUCAGCUCAACACAGUCCAAAAGACGAGAGCUGAGCUGAUCAAACUGCAGCACCAAACAGAGCUCAUUAACCAGCAGGAGUACAACAAAAGGAGAGAAAGGGAACUGAGACGCAAACAUGUGAUGGAGGUUCGCCAGCAGCCCAAAAGCCUUAAGUCCAAAGAGCUUCAGAUCAAAAAACAGUUCCAGGACACGUGUAAGAUCCAGACCAGGCAAUAUAAAGCGCUGAGGAACCAUCUGUUGGAGACCACACCAAAAUCAGAGCACAAGGCUGUCCUCAAACGGCUACAGCUUGAGCAGCACCGCAAACUGGCCAUCUUGGCAGAGCAGUACGACCACUCCAUCAAUGAGAUGCUCUCUACACAGGCACUCCGUUUGGAUGAGACUCAGGAGUCUCAGUGCCAAGGCCUUCGAAUGCAGCUACAGCAAGAGUUGGAGCUUCUCAACGCCUACCAGAGCAAGAUCAAGAUGCAGACAGAUGCUCAGCAUGAUCGUGAGAAAAAAGGCCUAGAGCAGAGGGUGUCACUUAGAAGGGCCCUGCUGGAACAGAAGAUUGAGGAAGAGAUGGUCUCCCUGCAGAACGAACGCUUGGAACGAAUACGAAGCCUCUUGGAACGCCAGGCCAGAGAAGUUGAAGCUUUUGACUCAGAGAGUAUGCGUCUGGGUUUUAGUAAUAUGGUGCUCUCAAACAUAUCCCCUGAGGCUCUCAGAGGGUAUGAUAGUUUUCCUGGACCUUUAGAGAAUUGGAGUCAUCAUCAUCAUCACCACCAACAUCAUCAGCAGCAGCAGCCGCCGCCACAGCAGCAGUCCCAAUACCGCUCAUCUGGAGUUUUCCAAAGACCGCAGCGUGUCAGUGGCAGUCCGGGUGGGGCUGUGCAGCAGGUCUGGGCACCAGGCAUGGAAGCAGGUGGGGGUCCAUUGCUUUGGGGGCAGUCUUCUGCAGGAGGCCUGAUGUCCCGCAGUGGUGUAGGUGCACAGAACAGCCCCCAGGUAAUUGGAAGGACACAAUCAGGAGGUCGCAGUGAACAGAACAUGACCAGGAGUACCAGUGUCACAUCGCAAAUAUCUAAUGGGUCGCACAUCUCCUACACGUAGAUCCACUGCCCACUGUGGGCUGUGAAGGUUUCAAGUGUGGAGAUGUGGAAUCCAUCAAACAUGUUAGGAAAAGAGUUUUAGUGAAGCUCUGCUGCUUUUCUCUGUCUUUUCCUGGGGCUGUUCAUUGUAAUGUGUACAGUCACAAAUGUGUGUAUAUUGCUCAGGUCAUAUGGGUUGUAAAAGACAAAGCCUACCUACACAACAGGCAAUUAGCACACACAAUAGACUCUUAAUGUAACCUGUUUCUAUUCUACCAUCUGGGAGCAGGACAAUGAGACUCACUGAAAAUAUGGCUACUGACAGGCACAGUAAGGAGAACAGAUUCUAACCAUAAACCGUGAAAUCCACAUCUGGCCAAGUUGAGACUCCUCCUCCAAAGUUCAUAGGGAGAAAUAUCAAUAUGAGCUUCCACAGACACAGUAGCUUCUGCUUUGUUUAGUCUGUGGUGCUUGAGAAAACGUUGAGCCAACGGCGUCAAACAUCACAAGUCACAAGAUAAAACCUUAUCCCCGGUGUACUCAGGGUUACUUUGAUGGGGUGAAGCCAUUAGAAAAAUGCAUUACAGCUUUGAAAUGGUUCGUUAUUCCCUAAAGCCAUGUUUAUGUCCUAGCAAGAACUAAGAGCUGGAAAUGACACAGGUGGGAAUCCUGUCUGCCAUGCAGUUGCUCCUGGGUUUAAAUCCAUCUGCCAUUAAAACUCCUCACCUCCAAGCCUGUGCCCAAUACUGCUGUGGCAGCCCCUUAUAAGGGACAAGCUAAAAGUCUUUCAGAUGUUGAAAAAAAAAAUAAUAAUAAUAAUAAUAACACUACAUGCAACUCCUGUUUUAGAGUUGGUACAGUUAAGUAUUCUAAAUUUAUAUUUACAUUGAUAUUUGUGAUUCACAGAAGUUACAAAGAGAUGUGAUAAAAGUACGUUUCCUGAAAAGAAAAUCAAUUAAGAAGAAAGAUGGCGGUUGUCUUUCAUCAGCCUGUUUUAUUUGGAGACUCUAUCCAUCCAAAAUCUGUGAAUCAAAAAA